AUGGAUGAUCCCAUGGAAUCUUCUGGUGAAGAGAACUGUGUGGAAGAGAGUCACAAGCUGGUCGACUCAUUGGACAAGCUUCAUGUAAGUCCUGGGAGCUCUUCCAACUUCAAGAAGAAGCCUGUCAUUAUCAUUGUUGUUGGAAUGCGUGGAUAUGUGUUGAACCUUGACCCUGCUGUAAUGUCUCUUCCCUUUGGGGCCAACAUUGAUAUAAGAGACACCGUCAAGUACAAGGAAGUUAUGAAGCAGUAUAACUUGGGGCCUAAUGGUGGCAUUAUGACGUCACUCAACUUGUUUGCUACUAGAUUCGAUGAGGUUGUCUCUGUGAUUGAGAAACGUGCAGACCAGCUUGAUUAUGUCCUAGUGGAUACUCCUGGUCAGAUUGAAAUCUUUACAUGGUCUGCUACUGGUGCUAUAAUCACCGAAGCUUUUGCUUCGACCUUCCCAACUGUUGUCACCUACGUGGUUGAUACUCCACGUUCUACAAGCCCAAUCACUUUUAUGAGCAACAUGCUUUACGCUUGUAGUAUUCUCUACAAGACCCGGUUGCCUCUUGUCUUGGCUUUCAACAAAACCGAUGUGGCAGACCACAAGUUUGCCUUAGAGGUUAUGCUUCUUCAACUGUUUUAUAAAUAUUGA